CGGAAGUACUUUACCGUUGAGGCCUGAGCGACUCUUUUGAAUGGGAUCGGGCUGAUUCAUCGCUGAUUUUCCGAGCUACUGACUGGCGGGGUUUGAGCCGCUGUCACCGCCGCGGGUCACAGCAGAGGCAGGACCAGGGAGCGGACCCUUACCUGCCGCCGCGCCGAGCCUCAGGAUAGAAAGGGGAAAAAACCCCUACUUGGUCAAAAUUAUACCUGCCAGAAUUAGCAAGAGUUUGAAUUUAAGAAGAGAUUUGCUAAACCUGACAAAUAUCACCAUAAAAGUUACACUUGCUGAACAGAAAUAAUGGACAGACUACUUAGACUUGGAGGUGGUAUGCCUGGAUUGGGCCAGGUUUUUAUUUAACCUACUUGAUUGUGCUGUUUGCUGAUAUCAUGGGCCGCCUACAGAUGCUCCUGCAGUGGACACAGCAGAACAAGUCUAUAUCUCUUCCUUAGCAUUGCUAAAGAUGUUAAAGCAUGGCCGUGCUGGAGUUCCAAUGGAAGUUAUGGGGCUUAUGCUUGGCGAAUUUGUUGAUGACUACACCGUCAGAGUGAUUGAUGUGUUUGCUAUGCCACAGUCAGGAACAGGUGUCAGUGUAGAAGCAGUUGACCCAGUGUUCCAAGCCAAAAUGUUAGAUAUGUUGAAGCAAACAGGAAGGCCAGAGAUGGUUGUUGGUUGGUAUCACAGUCACCCUGGCUUCGGCUGUUGGCUUUCUGGUGUGGACAUCAACACUCAGCAAAGCUUUGAGGCCUUGUCGGAGAGAGCAGUGGCGGUGGUGGUGGAUCCCAUUCAGAGUGUCAAAGGAAAGGUUGUUAUUGAUGCCUUCAGGUUGAUCAAUGCUAAUAUGAUGGUCUUAGGACAUGAACCAAGACAGACAACUUCAAAUCUGGGACACUUAAACAAACCAUCUAUUCAGGCAUUAAUUCAUGGACUAAACAGGCAUUAUUAUUCCAUCACUAUUAACUAUCGGAAAAAUGAACUGGAACAAAAGAUGUUGUUAAAUUUACAUAAGAAGAGUUGGAUGGAAGGUUUGACACUUCAGGACUACAGUGAACACUGUAAACACAACGAAUCAGUGGUGAAAGAGAUGUUAGAAUUGGCCAAGAACUACAACAAGGCUGUAGAAGAAGAAGAUAAGAUGACACCUGAACAGCUGGCAAUAAAGAAUGUUGGCAAGCAGGAUCCCAAACGUCAUUUGGAAGAACAUGUGGAUGUACUUAUGACUUCAAAUAUUGUCCAGUGUUUAGCAGCAAUGUUGGACACUGUUGUAUUUAAAUAAAGCAACACAGAAAUCUAUUAGUGAUACUUUCAGUGAAUAUUUCUCUGUUGUUCCUAAUGUUCAAAAUCAGGGGACCGCUGAAAGUAUACUGGUUAAAUGUAAGACAUCUGGCAUCAUUUGCAGCACUGUAACACCUUCGGUCUCAGUUGUGCAAUUACUUCUGUUUCUUUAGUCAGGUCUUUGUGGAUUCCAAAGUUGUACAAACAUACAUCAAAGUGGACACAUUUUGUUAAGAUCCCAUUUAAUAUUUGAAGAAAUCAGUAGCACAAGUAUAUUUUGAUUGUUGCUUUCAAAAUAAAAUACAUUUACAAUGCA